CGGCUUGUGAGUCAGAUCUUCUGUGUUUCGCGGGACGAAAGAGCGAUUUUAAAAUGGGUGAUGUUGAGAAAGGCAAGAAGAUUUUUGUUCAGAAGUGUGCCCACUGCCAUACUGUGGAAAAGGGAGGCAAGCACAAGACUGAGCCAAAUCUCCAUGGUCUGUUUGGGAGAAAGACAGUUCAGGCCCCUGGAUUUUCUUACACGGAUGCCAACAAGAACAAAGGGAUCACCUGGGGAGAGGCUACACUGAUGGAGUAUUUGGAGAAUCCCAAGAAGUACAUCCCUGGAACAAAAAUGAUCUUCCCUGGCAUUAAGAAGAGUUCAGAAAGAGCAGAUUUGAUAGCUUAUCUGAAAAAACCUACUAAUGAGUAAUAGUUGGCCACUGCCUUAUUUAUUACAAAUGUCUCAUGACUUUUUUAUGUCUGCCAUUGUUAAUUGAUCUCAUAUACCAGAAUUCAGAUCAUGAAUGGCUGAUAGAGCAUUUCUUUUGGGCAGUUCUGAUUUAGAUAAUAUUGGCCUGUGGUUAAAUGAAUACGAUCAGCUUUUUGAACUUUGAUGGUAAUUUCGGUUCAGUGACUGCUAUCACUAUUUCCCUCUUCUAAAAAAUAUGAUUGGACUUGGCUAGUAAUAUUCACCUUUCCACAGAGGUGGUGAAUGCUGUCUCAAAACCUGUAGGAGAUUGUUUUUUAUUUAGAUUUAUGUAACUGCUAAUAUAAACAUUUUAAAUACUGAGAAAAUUCCUUCACUGUUUAUUAGAAAAGCAAGACUUGCUUGUGUUUCAAAUUGUGUUCAUUAGCCUGUUAAAAGGCAGUGGCUGAAGAAAAGCUGGCAGUGUCCACUUUAUCUUUUUGGUCCUAACUAUGCCAAUUAAAAAAAAAUCCUGUAUCUAAACUGUUGCCUUUAACUUACUGAAAGGCAUUUUAGUGUGGUUUGUGUAUAAUAUCAAAUAAAGAAUAUUUAACACUUAAAAAAA